UGAACUCCUUUCGGCGGUCACAAAUAAACCCUAUUUUUUGUUUGAGAGUGAUGAGGGUAUGCCAGCUUUACUAAGGAGUUCAGAUCCCAAAUAUAAGAGCAAUCAAAAGCAACGAGUUUAGUAGGGGUGUGCAAAAUGAAGUUUAUCAAUUGGUAUGCUGAGCAUUUCUUUGGUAGCGAUGAGGCAAAAAGUUUCAAAGAAAAUGUAAAUUCAAGUUUGAAUUCACUUUUCAACGAGUAUAAUGGCCAGGUGGGAGAGUCUCAUGCUAGCUCACAAGAAUACCGACCAAAUGAAGGUGGUAAAGCUGAUCCGUAUGGCUUUAAGCCAUUCUACAAGUCAAGUGGACGCAACAAAGCUGAUUCUGAAGUAACAAAGUACUUGGAUGAAAUAUUAGAGGAAGAAGGGGAUUUAGAUGUCCUAAUUUGGUGGAAGGAUAAUUGUACUCGAUAUCCAGUCCUUGCAAGAAUUGCAAGAGAAGUGUUGGCUAUACCAGUCUCUACGGUUGCCUCUGAAUCUGCCUUUAGUACCGGAGGGAGAGUGCUUGAUGCAUAUAGGAGUUCACUGUCAGCAAUAACAGUGGAAGCAUUGAUUUGCACACAAGAUUGGGUUAAAAAAAAAGAUCAUGGCAUUGAGACAUCAUCUUUGGUUUCAUAUGAUGAUCUUAACACUCUACAGCAACUUGAGCAAGAUUUUUUAUCAAAUCUUGGUAGUUCUUCGGCUUCUACGAGGCUCGAUGACGAUUGAAGGUGCUUGGGUUGGAAGUAUGAAAGAGCCUAUGAAGAAACUGAGAAAUGCAAAGAAGGAUAUUAAAUUGCUUGGAUUUCAUUAUUGUUUGAUAUAACAUGUGUAAUGACUAAUGAGUUACAACUUAGGUAUUUGAGAGUUUGAGCUCUUUGUGGUUGGAUCUCAUUAUUAUUUGAUUUGAUAUUAGAACAUGCAGAGUUUGUUCUCAGUUGAAUUGUCCUGGCAUUUGUCUUUGGAAGUGAUGAAAUUGUGAACAAGUACUUCUUCUUUGUUAAAUUUCACAUCAUUCUUCUUACUUCUUCUUUAGCUGUUUUGCCUCAUUGCCUUUUCUCUUGCUUUUCUUGCACUACUACUUUCUCUUUCUUUUGCAACUUUCCAACACUCUCUCUGCUCUGUUAUGCCUUGUGUGAGAAACAACUAAACAAAUGGGAGAGAAAGUAAUAUAUAUGCGACCCACACACUAAUUCAUGACAACGCCUAUGAAGAAGUAUAAACUUUUUUCUUAAAAAAAUCAGUUUUAAAAUUAAUUUGAGUAAAAAAAAAGUUUUAAAAUUGGUUUGAGUAAAAAAAACCGGUUUAAAAUUGGUUUGAGUAAAAAAAAAACCGGUUUAAAAUUGGUUCAAGUGAAUAAUCCGAUUUUUAUUACAAACCGGUUAUGAAUUGGUUUCAAACUGGUUAUGAACCAUAUCCAAAUUGGUUUUAUAAAAUAACCGGUUUGUCAUGAAAUGGUUUUGGAUCUAAACCAAAACCAAAAAUUAGGUGUGGUGUGGUGUGGUUUUCAAACCAUGCACACCCCUAAGCUUUAGUACCAGUUCCACCACGCACGACCAAGGAAAGCAAAGAACCACUUUUAGAUAUUUUUGGUCACAAAUUCCGCAAGCAACGGAACGUGUAAAAAUCAUGUCACAAUAAUAUAAUCGCCACAUAACCGACACCAGUAGGUAGUAGUAGCCCCAUACUUUAUCCCUUUUUCCUCUAUUAUUAAUUUAUUAAUUUAUCACAAUAUUAUUAUUAUUUCUCAGUUUUCACGUUCAUUUCAGAUUCAUGCAACUUUCAUUUCUUUCAAACUAUAUAGUUAAUCAAAUAUACUCCAUAAGAUAAAGCACCAUCAGCUCUAUCAUACACUUUCCGUGUUCCCUCUUCAAAAAUUUUCUCUUACAACAAACCGGUAGGUGAUUCUUUCUACUUCCUUAAUUUUUAUUUUUUUUAUUUUUCAGAAAAAUAUUAAUUUGAAGUAAAUUAAUGCUCAGAACUGUAAUUUUGUAAUUUGUUUCUAUAAUCUUGUGUUUUGUGGUUAUAGUUUAGUAAUUAAUAUUUUUGUUAAUUUUUUUUCCAGUGUCAGAUAAAGUUUCUGUGGUGCUUGGUUUAAAUCAGUAAUAUUGCAGUGAUUUGUGAGUUGUGACAUUGAGAUUAAAGAUCUAAUUUUUUGAGUUAGUUAUUGUGAAUUUGUGAUUAUGGAGACACUUGUUUUUGAGCAGCAUAAGAAUUUGUCACAAGACUAUGGUAGAUUUGAGUAUUCACCUAGUAAAGAUUUUAGAGGGAUUAAUUGCAGGAAUUUUGAGUCUGGUUCAGGUGUAUUACCAAAUCCAUUGAAAUCUAAGAGUUUUGAUGAAAACCCUAAUUUGGAAACUACUCCUAAGAGCACACCAAUUCCAAUUAAUGGAAAAGGUUGUAGAAAAGAGAUGACUUUUGAUGAAGAUUUAAGUGGUGGGAGUUUGUUGUUAUCUGAGUUAUGGGCUGGACCUACUUAUUCAAAUUCACCACCACCUAGUUCAUUGCCGAUUCCGAAGUUUUCAAUGAGAUCUAAAAGGAGUGUGUCUCUUGAUCUUCCUGGUUCGUCACCUGAGAUUGAAUUAUGUGUCAUGGCUAAGUCUGCGCCGUCUUCUCCAAUUAGGGAGCGUUUGGAUUUUACUAGGGAUAUUUUUGAUAAUGCGGAUUCGGCUACUGAGACCCUGCGUCGAAUUCUGAAUCUUAAUAUCAAUGAUGAUUGAAAUACAAGAAGCUGUGUGAGUGAUCGUGUAAAUAAGUGUUUGCAAUGAAACUGGGUUAGUUAGUGGUAGAUGUAUAUAAAGGUUCAAUAAAAUUUGUUUAUGAGUUGGUUUGAGUGUUUAGUAGCUUUCGGUUUUUGUGGUUGUGGUUGUGCACUUGACGAUCUUGGCUUGGCUUUAGUUGGUCAACAAUCUCAUGAGUCGUGAUUUUGGAAAUGGAUUAGGCUUUGCAGUAGAAAGGAUUACUUAGGUUGUGUACCAGAGGAAUCUGUUGAAAGCAGGUUUUGGUAUAGGUCUUGAGACUUGAUGGAAGCUUCCACGAAAAUGAUUCGGAAGCAGAAUUAUGGUAACAGAUAGGAGCGGCAUGGAAUAUAAUUCGGUUGGCUGCGUUUAUUGGACCUGAAGAAUGUUACAUACAAGUUGAAUCCUGACUUUAUCAUAUGUAGUUACUAGUUAUCACUUAUCAUAAGCUUCUUCUCAUGUAAUGGUUAACUUUCCUAAUCCCUAUACUCUGACAUAGGAUAUAGGCCUCUUGCUCUAGAGACUAUGUGCAUACUGUAGAAUCUUGCCCUUACAUAAAACCCUCAAGUAUCUCCCCUUUCUUUCUAAACUCUUUUGGAUUUUUUUUCUUACCAUCAUCUUUAAUCAUUCUCACUUCUAUGCUGAUUAUACUUUUGUUCUUUGACUCACUUCAUCGCUGUCAUUCAAGCCGACUAGAUGUUAUGCAGUUUGCUAGUUACUACCUUUCCCUAUCAGUUUAUGUCUUCCGGUUAUCUUUCUUUCUCUUUAUUGAUAUUUAUUUCUUAGCUAUUCCCAGUGAGGGUUUUGUUUUCCCCUUUCCUAUCUUUUCUGUUUUUUCCGAUGAAAAGUUAGAAGGGAUUUGUAGUAGUCUUUUGCUGCAUUUUCUACUGUUUUCUAGGAUUAAUCAAUGUCGUUCAAUCAGUUAAUUAACCACCUGCUAUUUUCCUUCUGGUUCUGAGUAAUAGUAUUGCUUAUUUCUUUAGUCCCAAUCCUAACCUGCCUUUUCUUUCACUUUCAUGGAGAGUGUUGGCUAUGUUAUGCCAAAAUUUAAGGAAAGCAAAACUUCACCGAUGUUGUUUCUGUUAUGGCUCAUGAGAUGUGGUCAGUUGCAAAUCGUUUUCGCCACUAUGUCCUAUGUGGCUCGUAAAUUUGUUUGUUUCUUCAGUAACUUGUUUGAUGUGCUGAAAUAAAAUGUUAAUGACUAUUAUCUACUUGACAUUAUGUAUCUGAAUUAAAUACUUGUUUUCUUUAAGUUG